AUGGAUGCAUACAUCGAGCCUUUUAAUAAUGCAUUUGAACGGAGCAUGGACAGAGCAGACCCCCGAGUAUCUUCUUUGUUCUUAAUGGGUUCAAUCAAAGGAAUAAUAUUUGUCCUAAUAGCCUAUCUGUUGAUGAUUCAUUAUGGGCUGAAGUAUAUGAAAGGCCGGAAGCCUUACAGCGCUACUCGUUUUGUUCUUCUUUAUGACUUGCUUAUGGUCGUUUCAAAUGCCUACAUCGUUUACGAAUGCAUUGCAGUUGCACUCAAUGAAAGGUAUUCAUUCAUGUGUCAAAAGGUCGAUUAUAGCUCAAACGCAAAUGCAUUAAGGCUUGUUCGUGCUAUUUGGUUAUUUCAUGUAUCUAAAGUGGUUGAAUGUUUAGAUACCUUCUUUUUUAUAAUUCGUGGACGGACACAUCUUGUCACAUGGUUACAUGUUUAUCAUCAUUGUACAAUGAUUCCAUUAACAUGGGCUGGUGUAAAAUGGGUCGCCGGUGGUGAACUAUUUCAACCAGUUGCUGUCAACAGUUCAGUUCAUGUGAUUAUGUAUAGUUAUUAUGCUUUGGCAGCACUUGGACCACAAUGGAGAAAAUAUUUAUGGUGGAAACGUUAUCUAACACUGAUACAAAUGUUCCAAUUCACCUAUGGUAUGCUGUACUCAUGUAUAUCACUGUGUAUUCAAUGUAGUUUUCAAAAGCCGGUUUAUGGCUUAAAUCUAUUCUAUGAAGGCAGUCUAUUCUUAUUAUUCUACAAAUAUUAUCGACAAUCUUAUCAUAAGCCUAAAGGAGAGAAAGCACUUAAAACAGCUGACAACAAUCAAUCAGAGGAAAAUGCGAAGCUUGACUAA